CGCAUUCGUUUUUCAUCCUGUAUAAAUAAUCCUAACAUCUUACUGCUAUGAGGACGUUCGUAUUUUCUGACAAUCGGGAGGACGACAGUAUUACAGUUGUUAUACCAGAGAUACUAGAUCCAGAGUAUGGCAUGUACACAUGGCCUUGUGCGCCCGUUCUUGCGCAGUACAUUUGGUACAACCGUAACUGGAUCCGCGAUAAAACUGUUCUUGAACUUGGAGCUGGAACUGCUUUGCCAGGAAUAGUAGCUGCGAAAUGUGGGGCCAUUGUGCAUCUUAGUGACAGUGCUGUUUUGCCAAAGUGUAGAGAAAACUGUGUGAAAUCAUGUAUUGCAAAUGGGCUACAUGAGCUCAAAGUGCACGGGAUCACGUGGGGACGAUUCGGGAAGGAGAUUUUCCAGCUUCCUAAACUUAACAUUAUCAUAGCAUCAGAUUGUUUUUACGACACGAAAGACUUUGAAGAUAUUAUAGCAACCGUGUCUUUUUUGUUGGAAAGAAAUCCGGGAUCAGUAUUCAUUUUUACUUAUCAGGAAAGGAGUUCAUCUCGCACAAUCGAACAUUUGCUAGAACGAUGGAAUCUAAAUGGAAGCCGAAUUCCUCUGUCGGAUUUCGAUGCUGACAAACCCUGUUUGGCUGGCUCAGACCUGCCUGGAAAUCACACUAUUCAUAUGUUCAAAGUUAUAUCUAGAGACAUUACGUAAAAUUUUGUACUAUAAAAUAGAUUGCAUUGAGCACACUUGUGUAAAUCAUUAAUCUGAAGGGAUUCAGGCGAAACGCAAACAUUAAUUCAGACACGCCUUAAAAUACCUCAGUGUAGCCAUAUGUCUCAGUGUUUAUAGUGCUGAAACAAGAUCGGGCCGAUGUUGAGAGUGGAACAAAUAGGUCAUAGUUUAUAGUUUUUCUGUCAGAAUAUAAUUACGUUGCAAAAGAAGUUAGCUUAGCCUCAAAAGUUACCUAUAUAGCGAGUAAAUUUUUACUGAGGCAUCAUAUAACAACAUUAUUUGGGAUCAGUCCUUUCGUUUGUAUAAAAUUUACCUGAAAUUUGCGUACUUAAUAAUUACGAUACUUCCGUUUAUUACCACCCGAUAUGAACGUUAAUCGCAUAAUGCAGUGUGACAUAGGUCAUUCUGAAUAUGCUUAGGACUUCAUGUAUAAGACAGAUAGACAUAAUUAUGUUUUUGUUUUAAAGUUUAAUAAAGAGUCAGAACAUUUUCA